AUGGUGACCUUAAGAACAACAAAUAGGAAUGGAGGUAACUCCAAGAGGCAUCGUCAGAUCAAAUGGCGCUGGACACUUGUGGAAGACAACCUCCUGAAGAAACUCGUCAAAAGACAUGGUGCCGGCAAUUGGGAUUUCAUUUCUGAUCACUUCCAAGGACGAACCGGCAAGAGUUGCAGACUGAGAUGGAUUAACCAAUUGGAUCCGAAAGUGGACAGAACACCAUUCAGUGAAGAAGAGAGGCAGAGGCUUGUUGAUCUCCACGGAAAAUAUGGAAACCGGUGGUCAAUCAUUGUAAGUCACUUCCCGGGCCGAACAGACAAUCAGGUGAAGAAUCAGUACCAUUUACUGGUGGGGAACAAAUACAAAAAGGCCUCACGCCUGUUUUCCACCCCUCUCAGCAAAGGAUCUGCAGACGGGAGCAUGUCAACAGUUGCAGUCGGUUUGCAGUUUUCUAACGGUACCUUCCAAGGACAUAACAAUUCUGUCAUGUCUGGUGUGACCGAAAUGGUGCCUGUGUUAGGUGAUGGUUUAUCUUCAGUGUUUGGUUUGCAUUGUUCUUCUAUGCAUCCAAAUCAGGGGGCGAUGAGCCAUGGAGAUUCCAUCAUGUCUGAUGCCAGCUCGGGUGCUCUCUCGGAAUCCUGCCCGCUCCAAGGAGUUAGCCCUGGGGAGUAUCAAUUCAUCGACUUUAUGGGGGUUCAAAGUUCAGACUGA